AUGGAUCUUGAGAUCAGGCGGCGAGAAUCAACCGGAUCAGGGGCCAACACCCACGUUGAGACAGAGACACUUGCAAAGUUUGAGUUGAUGGAUGGUGCUCCAGUAAGAGGUGAAUCAAUUCCGAUCCGACUGUUCCUGAGCCCCUAUGAACUGACACCAACACAUCGCAACAUCAAUAACAAAUUUAGUGUGAAGUAUUAUUUAAACCUCGUUCUUGUUGAUGAAGAGGACCGGCGGUAUUUUAAGCAGCAGGAAAUCACAAUGUACCGCCUUGCGGAGACUUCCUGAUUUAUCAUAGAAGCUGUUUGUACUGCGUCUUAUAGAAGAUUUGCUGUCUCGUUACACCACAGUAGAAAUCUAUUGCUUGAAAAGGGCCACAACGAGCCUUAUUUUGUAUCCAUUUGCACCUCUGAUGCGCCAUAUCCUCGCAACUUGUAUAGGCAAAGGCAGCUUUGUAAAUGGGCCGUGCCAGUUAGAGAUCCCUAUGCUGACUGAGCUAGGAUUAAAAGAAACAGCAAUAAGCAUGACCUUGUUACAGGCCAUCACACUUGUUGUGGUUAUACCAGGAAGUUUGAUAUACUCUUGUUUCUUGUGGAGGUGUAGAUUCUGUAACUGUCGAGGAGAUGCUACAUAGAACUCUUGUGAUUUUGUUUUUAUUGAAUUCUUUGGGGAAGUUUUAUUGAUUUGUAAUCUGCACUCCCAGAUUGGGGUUCUUUAGGAUGGGCAUAUGUAACAAUGUACAGCCUGCCCCAGUUAUGAAACUGGGGACUAUCAGCUUGGCCAAGUUCUUCAACUAGCCAAUCUUUGCAUGUAGGUGUGAAAGUCAUCCCUUGUGGCAAUGACAUGAGGGACUGGUAAUGUGAAAUGUGUCUCCCUCACUAUGUUUUUUGACUUUUUCUUUGGUUAAUUAUGUAUUACCUUACUUUUUUCGCUGAUUCUCAUUGUAGCUCCUAUAGAUGUAUUAGUUUCAUCCUCAAGCUUUCAAAC